CAAAUCAAUAUAGCGACCGCUUCGGUGCUUAAUAGUAUAAAGUAGAGAAUGGCAGUUAGUUUCAACUAAUGUACAAGAUGGGGUCGGCUCAUACUAAAUCUCACCCAACAAGAGGAGUUCCAGUAAAUCCUCGAGUCGAAUAUCAGGAUCAACUAUCCAAAGAUAGUAAAGGUGCUAGACUACUAGACGCCCCAGUAUUAGUAAGAUUGCCAUUCGGAACAAUUCGAUAUCGUUAUGGCGAAAAGAGUAACGAAGUUUUAAAAGAUAGAAUCGAAAAACCCCACGAAGGAGAAGAUCGAAUAGGAAAAGAAGGAUAUUUUUACCAUAGUAGACUUAAUGAUUUCAGUCAAUAUGGAAAUAAAGAGAAGGAAGAUGCUCAUAAGUUUUGUUACGUUUACAAAGGACCAAAUUCUACAAGUGAUAAAAAAGUUCACUACGUUUUUGGUAAGGGUCUUCAAAAGACUAAAGUUGAUGAAGAUCGGAAGAGAACUGUAAUUUUUGAUUAUAGGAAAGCCGGCCAUGUCUAUUAUAUAUUAACCUUUACAGAUCAGCAAUCAGAAGCAAACGACAGCGAUGGUGAAGAGUAUGAUGAUGAAAUUGAGAGUUUUUAUAAUGAGAAGCUUAUACAAAUAACCAUGAACAAAUCACAAUCAAUUGAUAGAUUAAAGAGACGUUUAGCUGUAAGGGUUAUUAAACCACUGGGCCAUAUCCAUGUUUAUCUUGAAAGCUUCGGUGAAGAAUUACAGCCGGAAAUGAAAAUUUCUGAUUUACUACCAGCAAACUUACGAAAAUUUAACAAAAUUCAAAUUCGACUUGACGAAAAGUGA